AACAAAAGAUGAAAAUCGGGCGAAAAUGAGCGAAGCAGACACUUUUAAACUGAUAAAACUCGCUCUUUCCUUCGACGAGAAUGGCAUGAAGAAGGAAGCGAUCAAAGCUUAUGCCGAAGUCGUCGAAAACAUCUUGAAUUUGCCGGAAGACUUGAAAGCGAAGCACAAACAUUUCGCCGUUGAUGCACUCGAAAGAGCGGAAAAACUCAAACAACAAGUGAAUCCCGAUUGGAAAUCCAUCCCCAAUGAUGUUCAUGAGUCUCCUUCACGAAUUACAGCAAUUCCCGGCCAUUCAGGACAAUCCCAAAGCACUGACUCAUCGCCCGUUCGGCAAAAACCUCACUUGGAACGAUCUGGAUCGAAGCAAACUUACACAGAACACGAGAAAAAAGUCCUCAAUUACACGUCACACAUCAACAAAAAGAUUUACGUUCCUUUUAUGGAGAUCGAUGUCAAUGAAAAAUUCACUUUUCCGCUUCCCUUCACGGAUCCAACGGGUCACUUGUUGCUCGCUGACAAACAAAAGAGAGAUUUUCAGUGUUGGGCUCGCGUCAGUGAACUUUCCGAAGAUCCUCAGAUGAUUUGUGGCGACUAUCCGGAUUUUUAUAGCAUUAAACAGACCGUUGUUUCGGAUUGUAGUUUCGUCUCGAGUUUGGCAGUUGCGUCGUUGUACGAGAAAAAGUUCAAUAAACAGAUUUUGACGUCGAUUAUUUAUCCGAGAAACUCGAAAGGGAAGCCCGUUUACAAUCCGAGCGGGAAAUAUUCAGUAAAAUUGCACAUAAAUGGGAUUCCGAGGAAAGUUGUGAUUGAUGAUUAUUUGCCUGUGGGUCGACAUAAUCAACUGUUGUGCUCUUAUUCGAAUAAUAAGCAUGAGUUUUGGGUCUCGUUGUUGGAAAAAGCCUACAUGAAAGUAAUGGGAGGAUACGAUUUUCCGGGAAGUAAUUCGAAUAUUGACUUACACGCCUUAACUGGAUGGAUUCCCGAAAGAAUUUCCAUCAAGCAAAACGAUGCGGAUUUCAACAAAACUGCCGUCUUUGAUCGCCUCAAAAUCGGUUUAGAACAAGGAAGAUGCCUGAUUACAGUAGCGACGGGUGAAAUGUCUCCAGAAGCUGAGGCUCGAACGGGUCUUGUCUCGACGCACGCCUAUGCACUUUUGGAUUUAAAAGAAGUCGAUGGCGUUCAACUGAUUUUACUGAAAAAUCCAUGGUCACAUCUCCGAUGGAAAGGAAAUUAUUCUGAGCUCGAUGUCGUUCAUUGGACUCCUGAAAUGCAAAAACGCUUGAAUUACGAUCCGAAACUCGCUUCUAACUACGAUAACGGCAUUUUUUGGAUGGAUUAUGCUUCGUUAUUGCAAUUUUUCGAUGUUUUCUAUGUAAAUUGGAAUCCCGAACUAUUUCAAUAUACAUAUGUCAUCCAUCAAGCGUGGUCAGCAGGAAUUGGGCCAACGAAAGAUGCUUACAACAUUGGAGAAAACCCACAAUUUUCGUUAAGUGUGCCAGCUGGAAUGGGCUCUGUUUGGAUUCAAUUAACUCGUCACAUCACAACGAUCGAAGACUUUCGUGAGAAUAAGGAAUACAUCACAGUGCUCGUUUACAAGACAAAUGGCAAUCGCGUUUACUAUCCAUACGAACCUGAGCCAUUUAUCGAUGGAAUUCGCAUAAAUUCGCCCCAUUAUUUGUGUAAAAUCCGAUUAGAUCCAACGUCGCCGAGGAAAUACACGCUCGUUGUGUCACAAUAUGAGAAAACGAGCACAAUUUAUUACACUUUGCGAGCUUUUAGUCGCACGAAAUUCGAUUUGAAGCAGCUAAACGACGUUUUUGCCACAAAAAAAGAACUUACGGGUGAAUGGAAAGGCUCAACAGCAGGCGGAUGUCCCAAUCAUCCAACAACUUUCAAAAAUAAUCCGCUCUAUAAACUCACAAUUGGUCCGAAAUCCGAAAGUAAUCUCGUGAUUGAGCUUCGAGGCCCGAAAGUGUAUCAAGUUGGCUUGGAAUUGACGAUUCACUCGUUGGAAGAUAGCGAAAUAACGGCGCCUUUUAUCACGAAAUCAACGGGAAAUUAUCGCUCGGGGUUUUGUGUGCUCGAUUUGCACGAAAUUCCCGCGGGAGUUUAUCAUUGCCGUCCUUCGACUUUCUUGCCGGGUCAAGAAGGUCCGUUUUUUAUUACUUUUAAGAGUACGACGAACCUAACUGUUGCUAAAGUAAACUAAUUUUUAAAGUUUUUUGUUAAAUUUUUAUUCUAACACACCUAUAAUAAAGACAACAUUUAGAUCGUUUUGAAUGAAA